GGCCCGCUGCGCCUCCCGGAACCCCAAACCUCCGGGGUUCAGCUGGUGUCUCUCAACCGCCGUCGGUGCCGAGUGGGUGCAUCAGCGCACAGAACUCUCCCGCAAAGGCUUGGUUCGCCAGCUUCCCGCGCGAGAUGCCCGCACCCCUCGCCCCGGGGCUCACCCCAGUCCUCGGUGCUCUUUGCCUCAAAGUUCACGCGGUCCCAGGUGGCUUUCGCCACACUUCCUAGGCAGGUCUCGUGCUGCCUCUGAGCCCCGCAGAAAGCAGAGCCCCGCGGCUACGCGCCCCCCAAUCCGGACUUUCCCCGCCUCCGCCAGCCACAAACGGCCAGGACUCUGGACAAGAAACGAGAGUCCCUUUAGGACCUUUGGGCUUCAUGGUUGCCAGAGCCUCCGGCUGAAAGCUGCCGCCAUGAAACUGACUCAGGGGUCUUUUCUGUGGUACCUUUACAUGGACAAAAUCUACUGCUUACUGUCUUUGAGAAACGUGAAAGCCUUGAUGGAGUACUUUCAUCUUCUGGAUGUGCACCACAGGAACACCUUGAAUGAUGUGCUGUUCUUUCAUUUCCUCCAACACGUGACUAACCUGAACAAGACACAGAUCGGGAUGAUAUUUGACCUCCUGGACUGGACAGCUGUAGGAGAGAUUGGUUUUGACCAGUUCUAUGUGUUGGUUUGCAUACUGCUGGCACAUCAGAACCAUCUGGAAGACCACUUCAUGUACCGCCAUUCCCGGCCAGUCUUUGAGCUGCUUGAUCUGGAUGGGGAGAUGAAUAUAGGUGCGACCAAUUUCCAAAACUACAGAUUUCUCUUCAAUAUUAAAAAGCAGGAACUCCGAGACCUUUUCCAUGACUUUGACAUCACAGGUGACCGACUGCUUAAUUACAAGGAAUUUAAGCUGUACACAAUCUUCUGCACCGACAAAUCCAUAGACAGAAAGAAAAGGAGGAAAGACAGAGAGGCAGCGAGAGAGAGAGAGAAAGAGAAAGGGAAAGAUAAAGAGAAGUAUCUUCAUCUCAAGAAGAUAUAUUCAUCUAUGAUAAGUCACAGGAGUAUCCUGUGACACACGAGUGAGCACGGAUAAUUAAAAUGAACAUGGCCACAAU